AUGUUUUUCUACGUGCUCAUAUUCCUAACAUUAACUCACUCAACUAGACAAACUGAAUAUCCAUGCAACUCAAGUAGUAUUUGUGGAUGUUCGUCAAAUGAAGUAAUCACUAGUCGUAUUGUUGGUGGCGAAAACGCAAGUAUAGGAACUUGGGGAUGGACUGUAUCGUUAUUGAUUAAUAAUUAUCUUUUAUGCUCUGGAUCAAUUAUAUCGGAUUCUUGGAUAAUAACAGCUGCACAUUGUGUAUAUCAAUAUUUACAGUCACCAAUUAUUGUCUAUGCUGGAUCGAAUUUUUUAUGGUUUGGUACGCAAAAUCGAACAGUAAUACAGAAAAUUGUACAUCCUGAAUUUGAUUCGGUUAAAUUCCUUAAUGAUAUAGCGCUGUUGAAACUUUCCUCUCCGCUUGAUAUGAGUGAUGGAAAUAUCAGUGCAAUAUGUUUGCCUUCGGUGAAAAAAUCAACUUUGAAUUCAGGUGAAUGGCCAGUUUCGAACCAAUCUGUUGUCACAGUUGGAUGGGGACGAUUGUCUUAUGGCGGUCAUCUCCCAGACAGAUUGCAACAAGUUACAUUGCAAACAAUUAACUCUGGAAUUUCGAAUUGUCGUCUAUUGAUAGUGAAUACAACUGUACAAUUUUGUGCUGGUGCUGGUAAUGGUACGAAAGAUGCUUGUCAAGGUGAUUCAGGAGGUCCAUUGAUGUUAUAUUCUUCAUUGACAAAACAGUGGAUUUUGGUGGGUUUGACUAGCAGUGGAUAUCGAUGUGCGAUGGCUGGUUAUUCCGGUAUUUACACACGCGUAGCAGUGUUCAAAGAUUGGAUAGAGUCAUAUACGAAUGAAUCAUAUUGGGUGGAAAUGGAUGAUUCUUCUCAUGCAGACUAUACUUUUCCAUCGAUGAAACAUAUAUUUCUCUUUUUAAUAUUCAGUUUUGUUUACAUAACACCUUCUUAUCACUAA